CGGGGAGAGAGAUUGAGAAUCCACGCGAUCAGAAACAAACUAUACUAGCCAUUUCAGCCACAGCCGGUCGCUUCUCUGCUUAUGAAAUGUGAUAUGUGAUGCCAACGGACACCCUCCUCCUAAACAUGUCGCCUCCUCUGAUGAAUGCAUAGCCUUUUUUGUCGUCUCACCACAGCCGGGAAUGUCAACAGCACGGCAAGAUGGUCCGCAUAGCAAGCGCGCUGGGUCUGAUAAUGUUCAGUGUUGCUUUGCUCAUAUUGUCACUGAUAAGCUACGUGUCAAUAAAAAAAGAUUUUCUCUUCACUACCCCCAAAUAUGCAAAUUCGGGGGGACCACGGAUGUACAUGUUCCAUGCAGGAUUUAGGUCUCAGUUGGCUAUGAAGUACCUGGACCCGGCCUUCACCCCUCUGACUAACGCCUUGAACGAGGGCCUCCAGGAGAACGCCUCCAAGUGGCGCUACAACCGAUCCGCCUUUGUGGAGCAGAGGAAGGAGAUUUCCCAGUACAUCGACGUGGCGCACAACUUCACCCUGACCCGCGGUGGCGUGCGCGUGGGCCAGCUGAUGCACUACGACUACUCCAGCCACAAGUACGUGUUCUCCAUCGGGGAGAACUUCAAGUCCCUGCUUCCCGAGGCCUCGCCCGUCAUCAACAAACACUACAACGUGUGCGCCGUCGUGGGCAACAGCGGCAUCCUCACGGGCAGCCGGUGCGGCUCCGAGAUCGAGAAGUUUGACUUUGUCUUCCGCUGCAACUUUGCGCCCACCGAGAUCUUCCGCAGGGACGUCGGGCGGAGGACCAACAUGACGACCUUUAACCCCAGCAUCCUGGAGAAGUACUACAACAACCUUCUGACCAUCCAGGACCGGAACAACUUCUUCCUGAGCCUGAAGAAGCUCGACGGCGCGAUCCUGUGGAUCCCCGCCUUCUUCUUCCACACUUCGGCCACCGUGACGCGCACGCUCGUCGACUUCUUCGUGGAGCACCGGGGGCAGCUGAAGGUGCAGCUGGCGUGGCCUGGCAACAUCAUGCAGUACGUCAACAAAUACUGGAAGACCAAGCAGCUGUCCCCCAAACGCCUGAGCACGGGCAUCCUCAUGUACACCCUGGCGUCGUCGAUGUGCGACGAGAUCCACCUAUACGGCUUCUGGCCCUUCGGCUGGGACCCCAACACGGGCAAGGAGCUGCCCUACCACUACUACGACAAGAAAGGCACCAAGUUCACCACCAAGUGGCAGGAGUCCCACCAGCUGCCCGCCGAAUUCAAGCUCCUCUACAAGAUGCACACGGAGGGCCUUCUGAAGCUGACGCUGUCGCACUGUGCCUGAGACGCUCCGGCUAUGAGUAAGGGGGGGGGGGGUUUGAAGGAGUUGGAUGCAUCUGCCCAGCCCGCUGUGCUAGGCCCCCUUCUUACUUCUUAGCCAUUGGGAUCCCAAUGUCCUGGGAGGGGGUUCGUGGCCGUGACCAUUAGCUGGCUAUAUCGCUGCCUCUCUCGCGCUUUUCAACCCGCUACAGCACAACUGCAGCGAUGAUAUUCAGUUAGAUGUCCAUCUAUAAGUGAACUCGCAGUUGUUUACUCUUAACAGAGCUUUGGGCUGUAGAGGUUUUUAUUCCCUGUCUUAGUGGGUUGGAGCCGGCUGGUUGUCUGUAGUGAUGAGAAAAAGGUAUUGGGCUCCGUUGGUUUUUCUCAGGAGAUUUCAGUCGGUGUGGGUUUUCAUAUUCUCGAAAUACAAUAUCAGUAAAUAUUUCAAAUAUCAUUCAACAAGCACAAGAAAAACAACAGGUCACCUUAAAGAUACCUACAGUAGCUGUGGGACCGAAUGGCAUGCGCGAAGAAAUUCAGCCGGACAUGACCAAGUAUGCAGAUGGUAAUUGCAGUGUAUGAAUGAAUUCUCAUGUACUUGAAAGGGACAGAAAAGAGGAUGUGAGAGAAAUGGAGAGUUCAUGAAUUUGUGGUUCCCAUACUCAGGUGGUAAAAGAACUAGAAGAAGUUAAACAGACCUUUCAGCCAUAUCUUCCAGCAGCUUGGCAGAUUUAUUCCUGGAUCUUUGCUCUCAAUUAUACGUAUAACCGACCAUCCGAGAUGACAAAUAUUUGAAUCCAGAUGUUUCCUUUCUAUUCAUAGAAAGUAAGGCAGGCUGUUGUCAUCAUCUCCCUCCGUUUUUAGAAUUGAAUUACUUCCUAUAUCUCAAAGCCCGUGUAUGCGUGUGCAACUUGCGUGCUUCGCAUUGAAUAACCUACGUUGUCAAAGUCUACAGUCCAUGUGUGUAUGUGCGUGUAUGUUACAUAGGGGUUUUAGCUCAUCGGUGUGUGCUCUUGCAAUGCACAGUGUGCUGUCUCAUUAGUACAUGUGAUGAUGCCCUCAGGGAUGGUGCAGGGGCAGUCUCAAAGGAGCGUUCAACCAGCUGUGCUGUAUAAAUCAAGUCUAACUUUGGGAAUAUGGAGCUAUCCAUUAUGGUGCCAGCCAUGGCGCUUGUCAAAGGUUUCGGAUUUGGUCAUAUACCGUAAGUGAAAUUCGGGUGAGAUUUAAGUCAGCCGUUUCAGAUUUCACAUCAAGGCAGGUAGGCUAUGAAAGAAAUAUACUAUUUUUGUAAUCGAGCUGAUUUCAAAAAGCUAUUUUUCUUGUCCUGUUUCAGAGUUGAAGUGUUGUUGUCCUUGUUACACUUUGUUUCUUCAUGAAUUUCUGAUUUUGAACUUCUGAUUUUAGUAAGCAUAUUCAGAUAUCCUACCUUUAGUCAUACAUAUCUAUUGUAUUCAUAUGUAUUCUAUACUUGAUUAUAUUGUUCUCAUCUUGAUUUAAGGAUAACUAACACAGAAAUUAUGCCAAAAAUAAAUAAAAAUAUACAUAAUUUGACUACAUUGGAUGAUUGUUAGUGGCGCUUUCUGAAAACUCAAUGUCAAUUUUGAAAGCACAUUUUCUUAUGUAUCACAAGUUUUGAAUUGAAUGUUACUGUCCUGUCUAUUGAUUUGCAUUGUGACUUCCUGGAUUCCGCAGUGUCCAAGGCUCUCUGGCAUAGUAGAAAGCUCAUGCUAAGAAGACAUAUUAUCAACAUACAAUAUAUAUCAUUCCUGAGCCAACUAGAGCUUUUUAAAAACAGUUUAGAACGGUUAUUUACAUGAACACUUGCUAGCAUACCGUAUGUGGCAAAUGGUAAGUGGGAACUGUUACCGCCAUACUUAGUCAACCAAAUAGUAUAGAUUCAUUGCAGAACAACCAUCAAUCCAUCCAGCCUAAAAAACAAUUGGCCUAUGUAAAGGAAACAGAAAUUCAGACAUUUUAAUCGUUGAAAUGCCAGAUGUAAACCUGAUAGCGCCAGACUGGCGUGACAGUAGUGGGGUGCUUUUCCACUCCCUACUGUCCCUGCAAAUACAGUUUAAUACGCUGAGCCACUGUUAAGACGACUAAGCCCUGUCGUUUCUGUGGGAAUCGAGAAGAAAAGGACGCAUCUCAUGCAGCGCCGGUAGAGUGUGAGUCUAGCGGCUCAGUGAAAGGAGAGAAGUGAUUUCAACUCGGGCAGGGGGUCCAGUACACUGGAGUAGCCUCCGUAUUGAUGAGAGUGGCACAUGUGUAUAUUCAAACCCCCGCACAACACCGAGUAUAAGCAAGAUCUUUUGGGUGUUUUUUUUUUAUUCACUAGCCAGUUCCCCUCUGACUCCCCUCUCCACAUGGCUUCAGUCGACUCUAACACCCACAAUCAUUAAAGCCUGCUUCAUUGACCUGCCUCCAGAAUCAAUCCUUUUAUAUUCCCUCUGUCUUCCAGCCCUUGACUAAAGAUGUUUUAGUUUAGCCCUACAGACUCAGAAGCUCCUCCGGUUGUGGACUAUUUUCUUUCUGUGUUCUGUCGUUGGCUGCAAUGAAUCUUAUUCUCCCGGCUGGUUGAAAACAAAAAGGUUCAGACGGCAGAAUAUACCUAUGUAUCACGUUUAGUACACUGGACAUCACUGAAAUCCUUGGUCAAAUGGAGUGCAUUGAAAUUGCAUUUUCAAAUAAUAAUUUUCCCUUUAUCAGACUAUUUCAUGCAACAUUUCAUUUUGCACUAGGAACUUCGAACAAGCCAAUGAGAAUUCAUUGAUUGUAGAAUUAUUUGUACUGUGUAUUUAUAGUAUCACACUUUUACCCUAUUGUUCUUUUGUCCUGUAAAAUGUCAUUCAUUUUUCAGAUCAGUACAAGUCUGAGUUCCCCUUUUGUGAUUAUUUCAGUAUCAGAUUUUAAUUUGUUCAUUGUUUAUGAAAUAUCAAAUGUGUUGUACAAGUUUGUUUGCAUCUUUGUAUUAGAUGUUUGGGAAUAAUACGUCUAAAGUGUUGAUGGUAUCAGUCAGAAGUACAUGGUCUGUUAAUGUCUAAUUCCUUGAAUGUUGAGGCACAAACUAAUGACCGACCAUGAUCUGAAUGCCGGUUUUCUGAAUGUGACGUUCUAAUAGUUGUGGAGAACAUAUCCUCACGUUUGCCCUCCCUCAAAGUCUUGUGAAUGUAAAUGCACUUUCUGAUUCCUUUACUGUAUACCAGGAGUCCUCUGGU